UGUAAAUGUAGAAUCACUCAUUUUGUAAAGUAAUUAAUAGGAUGAAUCAUAUAGUUAUCUGUUCCAACAUUUAAAUAAUAUGAGCAGUUUUAAGGUGUCACUCUAUAUUGUAUAGAUGUGCAAGUGAUUGGAGUGACUGCUUGGAGAUUGGAAUUGAGGUAUUUAGCAUAUCAAUCAAGUGCAGAUACAGUGAUCUAUUUGAUUUGAAUACCAUUCUCAAGGCUUAAUUCUAAAAGUUGCCUAAAUUUCCAGGAAAAACUCUCAGCAAACUCACAACAUCGGAGGAAUUAGAGAAGCGUCGAAUUAAGUUGAAUUCUUAUCUCUCAGCCAUAUCUGAAAGACUUGACAUAGUGACCUGCCCAGUUUUUUGUGAGUUAUUUGAAAUAAGCAAAUAUGCUCCUAAAUAUGUUUUUGAACAACCAAAAAUAAUAAAUUGCUAACAACAUGCUUAAACUAUAAAAAAUUGUCAGUACAUUAAGGAAUAAGGUUUCAAUUGAAAUUAUAAUUUUAAGAGGCUUUGCUUGUUGUUUCAUCCCAAACUGAGGGAUACAAAUAAUUGAUGGCUUUUAUGUAGAACAAAGAGAAUUCAAUUUCUGAAGCUCUUGGAUAAGUAGAACUAUUUAGUUUGAAGGAUAAUUAGAUGGUGUUGAAAUGGUCAUAAAUUUUUGAAAAUCAAGUACAUUAUAAUUACAAUCAAGGCUCAAUGUUUGCACUACUCAGAGGGAGCCUUAAUAAUUGGACUUGAGAAAGGAAAAAUAAUUGUCUAUUAAUUGGAUCAAGACUUGAAUGCACCUCAACUUCCCUCAACUUAUUAGAUGCACAAAAUGAGAGUAAAUGGAGUAUUUUAUCAUAAACUAAAAAAAGUUAUUUAUUCCAUUAGUUAAGAUGGGACUUUUGUAGUAACUUAAAGAGAUUACUUGAAACACAAAGAUUGUAUCUAAUGACAUUAUCAUAGGUAGAAUUGCUAUUAAAGGGUGAAUUGACUGCUUUAUUGGUUUGUGAUUAUCGUGAAGUGGCAUUUAUCGGUAACUCUAAAGGCUCAGUGUUUAUGUUGGACUUAAAUAAAGAGAGUGUUCAAUACUUAAAGCGAAUUGACUGCUAGGUAUCAUCCAAGAUUGUUGACAUUGCCAUUAAUAAUCAAUAAGGUUUUUUAUUUGCUGCAUGUGAAUCCGGCUAAUUGCAAGUGCUAGACAUAGGUUCAUUUGGAAGGGAAUCCAAUUCCAAACCUAAAGUGUGUAUUGCUACCAAUUAUCAGACCAAGAAGAUAUCGUAUUGUUAAUAGAGACAUCAUUUGUAUAUUGGAGACACUAUAGGGAAUGUUACUGUGAUUAGUGAACAAACUGGAUGUCCUAUAUGUAUUUUAAGAUAAUAUCCCUUUUUAGAUUCUGUUCGAGCUCAUGAAUUGGAUGUCAUAAUCACAUUGGUUUAUUACCUGGAAGAAACUAAUAAGGUGAUUACUUAUGGCAAGGAUCAGAUGUUUAAAAUGUGGGAAUUCCCUACUUGGAUCAAUUUAAAUGAGAUCAAGCAUUAGGAGUAUCAAGAAAUCAAACAAGAUUAGUUGAAUAAACAAUAAACUAAAUAAAAACAAUCCAAAAUUAAUUAGCCAUAAUAAGAAGAUGAUGAAGAUGAUUUGAAUGAUUG